AUGGCUAUUUUUGGAGUGGCUCCUGAGAAUAAUCAUGACGAAAUUUUGCAGUACCAAAUGGGGCGCUAUAUUAGUACGAAUGAAGCUGUAUGGCGUAUUUUAUCGUUUCCAAUUCAUGACAGACAUCCGGUUGUUGUACAUUUGGCAGUUCAUCUUGAAAACGGGCAACGUGUUUACUACACUGCUGCAAAUGCCGAACAAAGAGUAGUAGAGGAGCCACCAGUAACUACACUGACAGCUUAUUUCCAGUUAUGUGAAACUGAUGAAUUUUCCAGGACUUUGCUAUAUUCGGAAGUGCCUCACUAUUUCACAUGGAAUGCAUCAACAAAAAAAUUUCAACGUCGCAAACAAGGCACACCUGUUGAUAGUUAUCCAGGUAUUUUUCGAACAGAUGCUUUGGGACGCAUUUAUACAGUUAGUCCAGCUAAUGUUGAAUGUUUUUACUUGCGACUUUUGUUGGUGAACGUAAAUGGACCUCAAUCAUUCCAACAUUUACGAACUGUUAAUGGUCAAUUGUGCGCAACAUACCGUGAAGCAUGUCAACACUUGCAUUUGCUGGAAGAUGAUACGCAUUGGGAUGCUACGCUUCGUGAUGCAUCAAUUGUUUCUCCACCAAUUCAAAUUCGUAUGUUAUUUGCGAUCAUAAUAUCAACAUGUUUUCCAUCAAAUCCACUGGAAUUGUGGAAUAAAUACAAAGAUUUUAUGGUUGAAGACAUUUUGAUUCGACUUCGACAUCGUUCCAAUGAUCCUGCAUUGCUGCUGACAUUGGAAAUGUAUAAUGAAGCCUUGAUAAUGAUCGAAGAUUUGUGCCUUACGAUUGCAAAUAAGGCAUUAGGGCAAUUAGGAUUGACUCCACCAAAUCGUCCAAUGCAUGAUUUAUUUGAACGAGAAUUGCAACGCGAACUGCAAUUCGAUCGUAAUGAAUUGCGUGCGUUCGUACAAACGUAUACUCCACAAUUAAAUGAUCAACAAAAAUAUGUAUAUGACACAGUGAUGCAAGCUGUCAAUGACAACACUGGUGGAUUGUAUUUUUUGGAUGCACCUGGCGGCACUGGAAAAGCAUUUUUGAUUUCAUUAAUACUGGCAACGAUUCGGUCGGAACAAAAAAUCGCAUUGGCACUUGCUUCUUCCGGAAUUGCAGCUACAUUACUUGAUGGCGGCCGCACAGCACAUUCCGCCUUGAAAUUGCCAUUGAACAUGCAAGCAAUUGAAACACCAACAUGCAAUAUUUCAAGGAGUUCUGGAAUGGCUAAAGUCUUGCAACAAACAUCCAUUAUUUUAUGGGACGAAUGUCCAAUGACCCAUAAAAAAUCUUUGGAAGCCUUAAAUCGAACAUUACAAGAUUUGAGACGGAGUUUACAGCUGUUUGGCGGUGCAUUAAUAUUGUUAUCUGGUGAUUUUCGUCAAACGUUGCCUGUUAUUCCGAGAUCAACACCAGCUGAUGAAAUUAAUGCAUGUUUGAAAAGUUCAUUUUUGUGGGCACACGUACAAAUGCUUUCGUUGACGAAGAACUCAUUGAUCACGUUUUUCCAAAUAUUGCUCAAAAUUAUAAUAACCAUGAUUGGUUACGAGAACGUGCAAUUUUAG